AUGCUUGAAAGAGAGAGAGCACAAUGUGAGGAAAACUCGAUGAACCUGUGCUUGCAAGAUAAUAAGAGCGUCACAAGAAAUAAGAACUCUCUCCAUGGAAAAAGUAUUGCAAACCAAGAGGGAAGUUAUUUGAAUAAAGAUAAAAUAUAUUCCAAGGGAGAGCAGAGUUCUUCAAGCCCCAAUAUGGCGAAUCCUUUCUUUCCUGACCUUUCUGUUCCAAAUGUGUUGAAUGAGUCAUCUGAAGACAUUUCCAGCAGAAACCUAAGAUAUUUUAGCACACCAAUGGCAUCUAAAGUGAAACUAAAGAAACGGCUAACACCUGUCAUGGAAGUGGAGUCAGAGACUACUCAAUCAAGGGAACCCAGCCCUGAUGGGACAAACAGGGUUGAUUUCCUUCAAAAGAAUUUUGCUGAAACUGUACCUUAUAAGAGCCCAGCCCAUUCCCCGCUCUAUAGGAGUUUCUUUGCUUCAGAAUGCCAGGAUAUUGUCAAUCAGCUAUCAGGAAGUGACACUGAAGGAAGGAAUGCAGCAAAAAGAAAAGUAGAUGAGCUUGAUGUGUCCACCAUUGAUGCAGAGCCUCCUCCAUAUGACUCCACACCUAUGAAGUCCAUGCUGGCUUGUGAAGUGGCCAAUAUGAUCUCUUCUUUGGAAAACAGUCCAGUUAAGGAUGCAGACUCCAUGUUUGGUGAGAGUUUGCUGGACUUUGAAAAGUUGGACAUGCAUCUCCAUAAUUUUAGUUUAAAUGAGGAUGUAAAGCACAGUCAGAAGGACAGGGUGUUGGGUAACUGUACUACAGAAGGAAUCUUCUCUCUUGGCGAGGGACUUGGCGACGAUGUUUGCAGUAACAAGAGACAGAAAGUGGAACAAACAAUGGAAGCUGUUGGCUUGAAUUUGCAGAUUCAAAGCUUUGUGGAAACCACAGAAGAGCUUGAUAAGACACAUGAAGAGCCAUUGCAGAAAAUAAACAGGGAAAGUGGGGAAGAUGUGAAGGCAGUCAGUUUAUUAAAUAAGAUUGUGACUGAUAAAGGUGGGUCUGAAGCAAUGAGUGUGACUUUGGAUCUGGAAAAUACACAGAACGUUCCUUAUUGCGUUUCAGCCUCAUCUAAUGUCAUGGCUUUCCCAUCUUGUGCAGAAAGAGACUCUGUGUGUGACCAUGCUCCAGCAGGGAAUACAACUCAAGUAAUCGAGGUUGUACAAAACUGCCUUAUUAACACAACUAAAGAUAUACUGGUAGAUGAAGAGGAUACGGCAGCUCUCACAAAAGAGAUGGUUGAGACGGUCCCCAAGCCCUCUAACAACAAUAUCUUGCAGAAAACGAUUUCAAUAAGUGAUGAAAGCUGUGCAGCCAACAUCACCCAGGUGAUAGAACCUGCAGCCAAUGCGUUUUGUAGCCCAGUCACUAUGAAUGCUACUCGGGAUAUGAAAAUGAUGCAGAAAUCAUCUGGUAAUAUAACCUAUGACAUGGCAGAGAUGCAGAUUGUAGCAAACGCUACUCUGGUCAUUGAGCCUAUGACCAAAGUGUCUCCAAAUACCACGCAGGACAUAUCUGUACACGAUGAAGUCACUGCAGCAAAUACCUCUCACAAGAUUGAAAGUGCACUUAAAUUAUCUCCUAGUACCACUCAGGAUAUUGUGUCCGUGCAAGGGGAAGUCGUUGACACAAACACCACUCGUGAAAUAGAGUUUUCACCCAAAAUGUCUGUUGCAGCCAAACAGUGUUUGAUGUCGGUAUACACUGCAGCAAAUACCACUCAAGACAUUGAGGCAGUGCCUAAAUCAUCUGCUAAUACUACUACUGAAUUAUCGCAUAACAACUCUGUUGCCAGUGCCACUCGGGAGCUGGAGAUGAUAUCCCACGAUAGUUCCUCUCCAGUUGUUGAAGCUGUGUCCAAAUGCUGUCCCAAAUCCACACAGGAGAUUGCUGCAAUGCCUUCUGAGGUCGAUGCUACCAACGCAACUCCGAUGACCGAACCUACGUCUGUAUCAUCUGCUAACGGCACACAGGACCUUGCACCAGUGCAGAAAGAAAGCUCUGUGGCCCAUGCCACACAGGACCUUGUUGCUGAAGAGGUUCCCUUACAGGACAAGAGUCUAAGCAAAGAGCCGGUAAUGACCCCAGAGUAUAUGUCAUGCUCAGGAAAGAUUGCUGCUGAAACAGUACAAAUGAUAGAGACAGAGGCUAUCGUCCAGUUUAUACCUCCUACUCAGGAUAGAUUGCUCACUGGUUUGGAAACGAGCCAAAAUCUUGCAUUAGCACAAGACCAGUUACAUGUAGUAAGUACCACCCAAACGACUGAGCAAGAGUUUUUGACGAUGAGCACAGGAACAGAAAGCAAGCAAGAAAUGAGUGGGGGGCGGCUGACUGUAGCAGAUGAGAAACCUAAAGCAGCAGAGGAAGCUUACAGUAAGGAUUGUGCUGCGGAUGAUGGAGCCGCUAUUGCACACAAUGAAAUCCAAGCUAUUAGCAAGGAAUCUGUGGAUAAACCCGGGCAACAAGAAGCUUGUGAUGCUAUACCGGAGGCAGAGAACAGUCAUGACGAGAGUGUAUUUUCCGUUGGCUCGCUCUCUUUUGUCACUUCUACACCUGUCCCAGGAUUCAACAAUUUUCAUUUCAAGAAUCCCAGCCGUGACUUUGUGCACCAUGACCCCAAUGUGUCCCUCUGCUCUAUUGUGGAGGAACCACCUGAUAUGUUCCUGGAAGAGCGAAAGCUGCCAAUGCGUCAGGGUUCAUUGGAAAAACAAACAGGUGGAAGCGAAAGCCAAGUAAGAAAAGAAAUUCCAAGAGGGACACUGCUUUUCCGUGGCGCCCAAAGAACCCUUCUCCCACAAAAAGACGAAGCAUCCAGGCUACAGCAGCCAACUAGUACUAUUCCUUCAGCACGCCGUUCUCUAGCAUUAAAUAAUGUGCCUACAACUCAGAAGCCGGCUCCCGAGGCAACACACCUUCAGAAUCCCCCAAGAGGACAGGGAAUCCCUGGCAGAGGAGGUAUCAGACCCCCACUUUGCAAGACUAGUUUGCUGAGAGCCAGCAUGGGAAAUAUAAAGCAAAGUGUAGCAGGAACAUCUGGAAACAUCCUACAAAGCAAGAUCGCAGGUAGCCGCUUCAAAACUCCCAAAACUGCAACUCCAAAGGCAAGAGCUGUUAACACCUCGUCCUUGGCGAACGUUUCUUCCUUGGUCAGACCUCCAUCCCGUCUGUGUUGUCCAAGCAGUGGUCCCCUCUCUGUUGCUGGUCAAAGCAGCAAUACUGUUGUACAGGAAGGUGCAUGCAGUACGACUGGUUCUGCAUUACAGCCCCCGGCACCUUCAGGGAUUAGAGCACCCGGGCUUCUCAAACCAGGCCAGUUGUCUUUACGUCCACCCGUGCCAUUGCGGACUUCACCAAGACUGAAAUCAAACCUCCCAGGUUUACCAGUACGGAAAUCGCAGAGAGAGCUGCCAAAACCUUCAUCAACGGCACCUCGAAAUGAAGCUAAUAUCACGAAAGCGGAGAGUCUGAAUAUUGUAAGAACAAUACCAAAAAGAUCUCCCUCGGCUUCUACUCGCCCCAGCGAGCCAAGAGGCAAACCAGCAACUAACCCUAAACAGGUAGAAAAGGCUAUUCCUGGAUCUGAUGGGGGGCUCCAUGUGCCCGCUACAAUGACCGAGAAAACUAUCACGGUUCCUGCUUCCUGUACUCUUAUGGAUUCCUCUGCUUCAGGUGAUAAAUCCCCUGUUGGACAUGAAAAAUGCUUCCAUCUAGAGACUUGCCCGUGCUGCACUGAGAGGCUCCAGUCCCUAUUACAGGAGGUGGAGGAGUUGAAGCGUCGCUUAGGAAGAGUACCAGGUCUUGAAAGUGCUGUUCUUCUGGAGCCUUGUACAGAUGGAUCAAAAAGUCUUCCUACAGAAGUUGAAAGCCUCCCUUCGUAGUAAAGAAACUGGGACUUUUGCCUCUGUUACCCAAAAUACCUCAUGCCUCUUAUAUUGCUCACGUGCCAUAUUGCCUUAGUAUUAUAUUUCUUUUAACCCUUUAGGUGUCAGUGGUGUACACGCUAUUAUGGCAAUUAAAGGCUUAAAUAGAAAAGCUUAUGGGCUCUUCAUAUCCUGGCAAAAUGUCGACCAGUCCGGAGCCGAUGCACAGCACAAUGCGGCUUUUAUAAGCGUGUAUGUCCUGUAUACUUUUUAUAUGUAUGUAAUGUACAUGUGUGACUAAUAAACACUUUCACUUGCAUCUGUCAUACAA